CAUACAAGCUAGAAACGCUACUAUCACAAUGCCUUCUCGCACGGAUCCGGAAUCUCUGCUCCUUCACCGUCACUGUUGCAGUGUUUCGCUGCGUGUCUAUGCGUUGUGACUUUUUUAUGUGAAUCUCUUGACAUCUUGUCCCCGAGAUGCCUCCUAAAAGCUCUACUUCUUCCAAGGUUUCUGGCAAGCGCCAGAAGAAAGUUAUGACGCUUCAGGAAAAGGUAGCAUUGCUGGAUAUGCUAACGGAAGGAAGAAGUUACGCCGCAGUAGCACGCCAUUAUGGCAUGAAUGAGAGUACCGUACGGUACAUAAAGAAGAAGGAAGCAGACAUAAGGAAUACCGUCGCGGUGAGUAGUGUCUGCGGAAGUGCCAAGACCGUUUCGACUGUUCGGGACAAAGGAAUCGUGAUGAUGGAGUCGGCCUUGGCGGUGUGGAUUACGGAGUGCAGUAUGAAUAGCAUUGCCCUGGACGGUAAGGUCAUCCGUGAGAAGGCGCGGGAGCUUUACAAGAACUUUACGAGUUUAUCUGAAGGCGCCAACGACCCCAAAAAGAAAGAAACAGGACCGUCGUCGGCGCGGGAAGGUUUUCAGGCAAGCAGCGGGUGGUUCGAUCGUUUCAAGAAACGCUUUCAACUGUGUAGCGUUUCUUUGCAUGGGGAAGCUGCAUCCACAGACACGAAAAUCACCGAUGAAAUUGAUUGCCGUCCAGAGCAAGUGUUCAAUAUGGACGAACCUGGCUUGGUCAGGAAGAAGAUCGUGCCUUCGAGGACAUACUUGAUCAAGGACGCAGCCAAAGAGUUGUUCUCCUCGGGUAUUUACUGCAAGGAUUCGCCGCAGUUUGACGACCUUUUUGGCUUUUCCGUGGAAGACGUGGAGACCGAGGUGAAGCGAGGAAACAAACUGAAGUGUGCCAAAUGUAAGAAGAGUGGCGCCACAGUUGGUUGUGAGGUGGACAAGUGCAAAAGAUGCUACCACUACCCUUGCGCAAUUGAAGGCGGGGCAGAGCCUGUGGUGGAUGGUGACAGAGGCGAAUAUGUGCUGUUCUGCUUCGAACACUCCAAAAAUGGACAAAAGAGAAAAAAUGGUCCCACAAAUAAAAGUGACUCUGUCAAGUCUGGAUCAACCACAAAUUCAAAGGAACCAUUUAAGUUUUGCCCUACUUGUGAGAAAGAGAAAGGAAAUAUCAACCUGGAGUGUUCAUCUCUCACCUUUAUGCUGUAUUGCGAUAAACACUCCAUGGCAUCAAACAAAAAGGGGACGACUUCUGGUGAUUUAACAGCAGCCUAUCUCCGCCCAGAUUCAUACCUGACUCAGCCUGUUGUCGCUUUAAAGAGACAUCGGGUUUGCACUAACAAACAGGCUGACGCCCCCCCCAAAAGGAAACGUCAAAGCUUGAGAAGGAAGAUACAGAACCUAUUAGACUCUUCAUAUUCAGGUGACGAGGAACCGUCUCAGUUGUUUGCACCCAUAGAGGAUUCCGAUUCAGACAAUAGUUCCGACUUGGCUUCAAUGGACCAAUCUGUUUCCUGCACGGUGCUGCCUCAGUCUGUCAGGGAAGAUGAAGUGACCUCUGCUGGAUCCUACAAAGAACACCAGACAGCAGACGUGAGUGGAGAUGAGGACCCUGAUGCUGAGUCCCAGAGUCUAUUUCCUCUUCCCAAGGAGCUCCCUGCUAUGUCACCUGCCCCUCCCACUGCAGCUGAGGCAACAGAUGGGAAAGACAAAGGAACACCACCUGCUUUGGACCCUGGUAGCUUCUGGAGAAGCUGCAACGCAGCAGGCUGCACGCAAGCCAUCUUCAUGGAUUUAAUCAUGGAAAUGAGCAACAUCUCCACGAGGAUCCAGUCGGACCAGGCCAGCCAGGAAGAUUACGACACUGCCCUGAAAGUCAUGAUGGCGUCUGGGAAGUUGACACACCUGGUAAAAAAACAGAAGAAUGCACUGAAGGGUAAACAAAUGGAGCUGCAAAAGUCACUGGCAGCCAUGCAGGAAGUGGAGUCGGCACUGAUGAGAUGACAUCACUUUCCUGUCUGAUGGUGUCCCUCUCAUUUUUGAAGAAUGUGUGUGUUUUUAUAUUUAAUUGUCAUCGUACAGCAUUAACUGUUGUAUUCAACAUGCUGACAUUUCAUUGACAGUGACAGUUAUUGUGUCAGUACGAGCUAAGAAGAUGUCGGACUCAAUCAACUUGAGUCUUUUAUUUUUUAUUAAAUUUUCAUACAGAGGUCAGAAAUUUCAAACUGGCACUUCAGAGUACUCACUGGGUUGUCCCUGUUUUGCUAAUGCUAUGAAAUGAAACUGGUAUUCUAA